CGAGUCCUGAAAUUAGGGUUUCCCUUCCGCUCACACUUAUAUACUCUCCCAAAGGGUUUUCCACCGCAUAGCUCAUCGUCCUCGCCAUUUCCAAUUCUCUGCGAAGAAGCUAUGGCGAAGGGUCCCGGUCUCUACACUGACAUCGGCAAGAGAGCCAGAGAUCUUCUGUUCAAGGACUACCACAGUGACCAGAAAUUCACCAUCACCACCUAUUCCCCUACUGGAGUUGCUAUAACCUCAUCUGGGAUCAAGAAAGGUGAGCUUUUUGUGGCUGAUGUUAAUACCCAGUUGAAGAACAAGAACAUCACCACUGAUCUCAAAGUGGACACUGACUCUAAUCUCUUCACUACUGUCACUGUUGAUGAGCCUGCUCCUGGCCUCAAGGCUAUUUUUAGCUUCAGAGUUCCUGAUCAAAGGUCUGGAAAGGUGGAACUUCAGUACUUGCAUGACUAUGCUGGCAUAAGCACCAGCGUUGGGUUAACACCAAAUCCAAUUGUCAACUUCUCUGGUGUUGUAGGAACUAAUGCACUUGCCGUUGGUACUGAUCUUUCUUUUGAUACCAAAAUUGGGGAGUUAACAAAAUUCAAUGCUGGAUUGAACUUCACCAAAGCUGAUUUGAUUGCCUCACUGACUGUGAAUGACAAAGGUGAUGCCUUGAAUGCUUCAUACUACCAUAUUGUCAAUCCCUUGACCAACACAGCUUUUGGUGCUGAGGUAACUCAUAGAUUCUCAACCAAUGAGAACACUCUCACACUUGGCACCCAGCAUGCAUUAGAUCCAUUGACCUCUGUGAAGGCUCGCGUCAACAACCUUGGCAAGGCAAAUGCUCUUAUCCAGCAUGAGUGGCGUGCCAAGUCAUUCUUCACCAUUUCUGGGGAGGUUGACACUAAGGCCAUUGAGAAAAGUGCAAAGAUUGGGUUAGGUUUGGCUCUCAAACCUUGAGGAAUUUUGAGCCAUUAUGGCAAGAGCAUUGGGGUAGGCAUUAGCAAAGCACAUAGUUGUCUCUCAGACUGAAUUUUCUUGCGGUUGGUUCUGGUUCUAUUGGACAUAAGUGUUCAUGAUGUUUUGGUUGCAUUUGAGCAAUUCAACGUUGUAUAAAUAAGCAAUGGAUUAUUUCUAUAAACCAAAUGUUACUCUGAAUCCCCACAGCCUUUUGGAAAUCUAUUGUUUGGUGUCUGCAGUA